CAACAUUAUGCACUCAAUGCAGUUAUUCAAAUAAUAUCAGAUGAAACAGAUGUUAUUGAGAUUUUGUUCGUGUAGUUAUGGACGCUAGUGUCAAACAUGAGAAUCAAUCUCCAGAACCAGCAGCUUCUUUUAUAUCAAAAUUAUUCUUCUGGUGGAUUAUACCAUUCAUCAGAAAAAAUCCAUAUGGAAGCAUCGCAGCUGAAGAUAUAUACAAUGCCACAGAAAAAAAUUUAUCAAGUUCACUCGGUGAUCAACUGGAAGGGAAUUGGAAAAAAGAAAUCUAUAGGGCGAAAACUGGAUCAGAAAGGCCUAGUUUGAAGCGUGCACUAUUCAAUACAUUCUGGAAAUCCUAUGGAAGAUAUGGCAUAUUUGUAUUUAUUAAUGGUUCUAUGAGGACGUUGCAUCCAUUAUUAUUAGCGAAGUAUAUUCAAUACUUUGAAGAAAACAAGACUCAAUCCUACGAUGUUGGGCCAAUCACAAUAACUAGAAAACAGUAUGGUUGGAUGCUUGUUAUAGUUCUGGUCCUAUUGGCUUUCAUUUACGUGAUUAUAUUCCAUUAUAUUUCGAUUGGAGUUCAACGGGUUGGAAUGAGAGUGAGAAUAGCAUGCUGUUCGCUUUUAUAUAGAAAAGUUCUGAAAUUGAGUCACACUGCCCUGAAGAAAACAGCUUCAGGUCAAGUAGUUAACCUGAUGUCGAAUGAUGUUAUCAGAUUUGAUAUGGCAUCUCACUUCCUGCACUAUGUUUGGUUCAUGCCAUUUCAGUUCCUCGGGUCCCUGUACAUUUUACACCGCAUUGUGGGUGUGUCAUCUUUCGCUGGGAUGAUUGGGAUGCUCAUUAAUGCUCUUCCUUUGCAAGCAUGUUUAUCCCGCAUACAAGGAAAGCUGAGAAUGAAAACGGCCCAGAGAACUGAUUAUAGGGUCAAACUAAUGAGUGAACUUAUCUCAGGUGUGAUGGUUAUAAAAAUGUAUGCAUGGGAAAAACCAUUCGAGAAGGUGGUAGCAAUGGCCAGAAAGUAUGAGAUUGAAUCUAUCACACAAAUUUCUUACAUAAAAGGCUUGUCAGCGGCGCUUGGUUCCUUUACAGAACGAUUCACUUUAUAUCUAACGCUCAUUCUAUACGUGAUGUUUGGAAAUACCCUGAAGAGCGACACUGUUUUUUGUGUGGCUCAACUCUUUGUUGUUAUUACAUUGUACGUGGCAGUAUACUUUCCUUUCGGAAUAGCAGCUUAUGCUGAGGCCAAUACUACGAUGGAAAGAUUGAAUGAAUUUUUAAUCCUUGAAGAAAAUUCUCCUGCUAUGCUCAAUGAAACUAAUGAUAUCGAAGUUGGAUUAGUUAAAAUGAAAAAUGUUACUGCCAGUUGGUCCUUGGAGGCGAAGAGGAAUACAUUAUCUGAUAUCACUUUGACCAUUCCCUCUGGUUAUCUAUGUUGUGUCAUAGGCAAUGUUGGUUCCGGUAAAAGUUCACUUCUCCAUUUACUUCUUGGUGAUAUGUGCGUAUCAACUGGUCACAAGGAAAUUCGAGGAAAAAUCUCAUAUUCUUCUCAAGAGCCAUGGCUAUUCAUCUCUAGUAUAAGAAAUAAUAUAACUUUCGGAGAGCCAUUUCAAACUAGAAGGUAUAGAAAUGUCAUUGGAGCUUGCGCACUGGAGAAGGAUUUUGAACAGUUCACUAAUGGAGAUAAAACAUUGGUUGGGGAAAAGGGACAUUCAUUGAGUGGGGGUCAGAGAGCAAGGAUAAAUUUAGCUAGAUCAGUCUACAAAGAAGCUGACAUAUAUUUUUUUGAUGACCCACUAUCAGCCGUGGAUCCGGAAGUUUCCAAACAUCUGUUCAAUAAGUGUAUCAAAGAGUAUCUGGGAGAUAAAACGAGAAUACUGAUUACUCACCAAAUGCAGUAUCUAGAACAAGCCGACAUAGUGGUCGUUAUGAAUAAUGGAGAAAUUGUAUUCGUAGGAGCUUUCAAUCAACUGCCAGAGAACGUCCUACCCAGUAUUGAAAAGACAAAUAGAAUUGAUAAAGUAAAUGACUAUUCUGUGAACAAGUCUAUGAAGGAACUUGAAUCAGGAAUAAUCGAGGAUUUGGUGGAAGAUGCAAUGGAUAAAGAUGACUCUGCAGAAGAUAAGGAACUUAUUGGAAAAGGUACCAUAAAGACCUCAGUGUACGUUAAAUAUUUCAGAACUGGAACAAAUAUCUGCAUUCUGAUGAUCUUCCUCGUUAUUUUCUUGGCUGCCCAAAUCAUCACUCAUGCCUCUGAUAUAUGGAUAGCAAAAUGGACGAAUGAUGAAGUAGCAAAGGUGGAAAUGAUAACUGCAAAAUCAGUGAACCACACUUUCACAGUGAAUCGUUCAUUCAAAAAAGAACUUGAGGAAAAACCAUAUUUUUCGCAAGAAUAUUACAUGUACGUGUAUUCUUUUCUAGUCAUUGGAUCUAUGCUCCUCACUACAAUUAGAACGUUAUUUUUUUACAAAAUAGCGAUGAAUACGUCUAUAGGGCUCCAUAACAAUAUGUUCAUCAAUAUUGUUCGUGCUCCUAUGAGAUUCUUCGAUAAAAAUCCAUUAGGACGUAUCUUGAAUAGAUUUUCAAAAGACAUGGGUUUGGUAGAUGAAUAUAUACCAUUUCUCAUGUUGGAGGCUGUACAGGCAUAUUUACUGAUGGUCGGAAUACUUUUCGUCGUCUUCUUAGUUACACCGUGGAUGAUUCUGCCUGCUGUCAUUUUAGGGGCAAUAUUUUACUAUUUCAAGAACAUGUUUCUGAAUAAAACAAGAGAUCUAACCAGACUCGAAGGAGUAGCGAAAGCACCAAUGCUUUCCCAUUUGACUGAAACUUUUGAUGGGUUAUCAACGAUAAGAUCACAAGAAGCAGAAGAUAUUGUUAUUCAAGAAUUCGAUGUCCUUCAGGAUCAACACACUGGGCCAUAUUAUAUGUUGAUUGUAUGCAGUGAAGCCUUGGGUUUUUAUCUAGACUGCCUGACUUCUGUAUUCUUAGGAUUUGUUACCAUUCAAUUUCUUCUUCGCGAAGAUGCACAGAUAAUGGGUGGUGAUGUUGGGUUAGUUGUUUCAACGAGUUUGAUUCUAUCUAGCAUGUUACAGUUCGGAGUCAGGUUAGGAGCAGAAUUGGCUGCCUAUAUGACUAGCGUUGAGAGAAUCAUUCAAUAUAGUGAGCUAGAAAAAGAAACAGAGUCGAAUCUCAAUGCUACAAAUAAACCGAUUAACUGGCCCCAUUCUGGAAGCAUCGAAUUCAAGAACGUUUCACUGCGUUAUGGGCCUGGUGAUCUAUUCGUAUUGACAGAUUUGAAUUUCGUCAUAGAGUCUGGACAGAAGAUCGGGAUAGUCGGGAGAACCGGUGCAGGUAAAUCCAGUCUGAUUUCGUCCUUAUUCAGGCUAGCCUUCAUAGAUGGCUCCAUUACGAUAGAUGGAAUAGAAACAUCCAACGUAGAUUUGGAAUACCUAAGGUCUCAUAUAUCCAUCAUACCUCAGAAGCCAGUUUUAUUUUCAGCCACUAUACGUUACAACCUAGAUCCAUUCAAUGAUGUGGAGGACGAUAUCAUCUGGAAAGCUCUAUCCGAUGUUGGACUCAAACCUUCGAUCAAUUGUCUGAAUCAAGAAGUUUGUGAGGGUGGUACUAACUUCAGUGUAGGAGAGAGGCAGUUACUUUGUCUUGCCAGAGCGAUCAUCAGAAAUAACAAAAUCCUGGUGAUGGAUGAAGCUACUGCAAACGUGGAUCAUCAUACUGAUUCCGUGAUUCAAACAACUAUCAGGAGAAGUUUCAAGGAAUGUACUGUUUUGACCAUCGCACACAGACUAGAUACAAUCAUUGACUAUGAUAAAGUGUUAGUGAUGGUCGAUGGAAGUGUUGUAGAAUUCGGAACACCGUGCCAGCUCUUACUGAUUCCUGAUGGACAUUUCAGCAAGAUGGUUGAAGAAAGCGGUGGUGCUAUUGCAGGUAGAUUAAGAAAUGCAACAGGAAAACAUGAACUUGAUAUUGUGACAAGUUAACCCAUAUGUUUGUAUAUUCAUCUUGAUAUAAUUAUGAAUGAAUGGAUUAUAAUAAAAUUUAGUGAUAUUU